AUGUGGUCUCGAACUGUUUGGGGCGUCGCUGUCGCCUUCUCGCUCGUGUUUCUGCAACUCGUCGAAGCUUCAUCGCCUUCAAAGCCAAGCAUUCCUUCUUCGCUUGAUAAGGCAACCACGGGGACAACGUACCACACAGCAGCCACCAAGAAGAAAACCAACAAUGCUCCGAUCGACUACACAACGAUCCCAUGGGAAGAACUCAACGAAUGGUUGUCGCAACUAAACGGAAACCCUCACGUUCAACACGCCUUCCUCCCCGAGCGAGGGAUCACCAGAUACAAGGUCUUGGACGAGUUGGAACGUCGAUUUCUUAACAAAGAGGAAGAAAUCGACCAAGUCAUGAAUCUCAAACUCACGGUCGAAGACUUGGAUGAACUCGCUGUCACCAACCCAGAUGCCUUUCUCGAGAUCAAGCAACGAGAAAUGGAAAGCUAUAACAACCAUGGAAGCAACACGAAUACUGGAGUAACCAGAAACAAAAAGAAAGCUAAGACGAAACCAAAACAAAAAGACCCUCAGGCUGAACACAUCUCGAGUUUGAAGCCACUGAAGGAGCAAGAUGAAAGAGCAGAUACAACAACCCCAACAAACAAAACCAGUGCCGCCGAUGACUGCCACGACGAUGCUUCAAUCACACCACAAACCAACCACAAUAGUACUGUUGACGACAGCCAGGGCCGCUGCGUCGUAUUGUCCGUCAACCAGAUCUCUUCUAUUGCCAAUGUGUCGCUGGAAGACGAUGUGCUGUGCUUUGGUCGUGACUGGAAACUCUACCAGAAUGAUCAUGGAUACACCCAUUUCGAAGAGCUCUUGAUCUAUCAGCCUCGAGGCUGGCGCACGUUUGCUCGGGAGUACAUGCUUCGAUACCAUGGAAACAUCGACACUGACAUUACCCGAGAAGCACAGCCCAGAAUCGCGUUCCGGCGCCGCACGUUCGUCCCUCAAGCACAUCGCAAAUGCUUCAAUUGCGGCUCUCCUUUUCAUCUUGUGCCAGACUGCGACAAUCCACUCAACGAGACAGUAAUAGCCGAAAACAAAAAGGCAUUUUUUGCCCGGAGGGAACACCAUGCACAUCGCAGAUGCUUCAAUUGCGGGUCUCCUUGUCAUCUUGUGUCAGACUGCGACAAUCCUCUCAACCAGACAGCAAUAUCCAUAAACAAAAAGGAUUUUUUGUUGAAGAAACAGGGUGCCAGCAGUACUGUUGACCAAGAAGGAGACCUCCAGAGAGAAAGCCUCCUGGCCUGGCUUGUCGUCCAAGAUCCAAGCAAACGGGUCGCUCGUGUCAACAUUGAUGGAGGGGAGCAAGAUGUUCCCGUUACCAUGAAGACGCCUACAUCGGUCGUGCUCUUUCAUCCUGACAUUCCACGAUGUCAACGAUACAACCCGCUGAACUUUUUGCUUGCUUACGGGGCCAAGAACCCCCUCCCGGAUGUCUUCGCGGAGUUGCACGCACAAAACAAAAGCGACACCGUCGAUCGCUUGCUCGCAGAGCUUUCUCCCUUGGACUACUUUUUCGACUUUCAGCAAAGCGUGCAAUCGUACAAGCUUGACAUGCUUCGAUCCAUUGGGGCCAAGACGUCGUUCCCAAGGCUUUGCUUUAUCAAGGAACUUGACUUUAGAGACAUUGUUGGCCAGCGAAUGGCCAAACAGAUCGUCCGAUCCGAAGUGGUACGCUUCAUCUGGGAUCGCAUAACCGAAACAAAGAGCAGCCAUUCCAAACAACGGCCACUCAGUUUGAUCUUUGCCGGGGCAAGCGGAGUGGGGAAAACUGAACUGGCAAUCUUACUUGCAACCCUAAUGAACAAACCAGGGAUGGAAGGGAAGCCUGCGAGCGAUUGCUUCCUCAAAGUGGACUGUGGCAAGCUGUCGCAUGCUAGCGAGGUGUUUGGUUUAUCAGGAAGCUAUCAAGGCGCCGAGGAAGGUUCCAGUUUGAACAACUUCAUUCUUCGCAAAAGCCGAGACAAAGGAUCACUGGGAAUAGUUCUUUUGGAUGAAAUUGAAAAGGCAAAUCAAGAUGUUAUCCAUGCCUUCUAUCAGGUUCUCGACAAGGGAGAGUGGACGAACAAGCGACUGCAGAGUGGCAACGGGGCCCAGACCGAGGUCAUUUCCUGCAGCAAUAUAAUUUUUAUCCUCACGACGAAUGCAGCCAUGGAUGUGAUUGAAGAUUUUGCAAGGCAUGCUUCGGUAUUGUACACGGCUGAGGAUGUUCAGGAAGCGGAGAGCAAGCAAAGAGAAUUGGAGGCGCUGAUUCGAUACAAGUUGCAAACAACGUAUCCGUUUACAGACGCAUUCAUUGCUCGCGUUGACAGAAUCGUGCCGUUUGUGCCUUUGUCUCGUCGUGUCGGAGACCCAGAAGAUCAUCCACUGCUGUGUGAAGCCAUGACGGUUGCCAAGAUAUUGAUCGAGAAAGAGCAGGAGAAACUACGAGAUGAUACGAACUUGCAAGUGGUCCAAUCGAUUAGCUCGGAGAAUAAACACACGAUGGCGAAGCUUGUGGUGCUGGAAUCCAUCGAAGAAGCAGGCGUGCGGUCUUUGCAGAAGAACAUUGCCACCAAGAUGGGACACCAGAUGAAGCAUGCACUUCUCCUCGAAGACGGCGGGAUAGAGAGUGGCUCUCGCGUUCGAUAUUCUGCUGACGAAGAAGCCAGACGCGUUGAUUGGCGGCUUGCAUCCAAACUUGGAGGGCGGGGAUCAGAACAGAAGUAG